AUGGACCCCCUCUCCAUCAUUGCCAGCAUUACCGGUAUCGCAACUGCGGGAACUGCACUCUCAAAGGCCAUCUACGAGUUUGUCUCUUCGACUCGGGGUGCUUCAAGGGAGAUGUUGGAUAUUGCACGCACUAUCGCCGACUUGCUAUCAAACACACGAUCCAACGAGGGCGGCCAGCAGGGCCAAAGAUACCAAGACCAGGACAAGAAACAAGACAUUUUUCUGCUCUGCCAGCAAUCCGAAAACCUAGCCUACGCAGCUCAUCAAUCCGUUGUUAAUCUGUCGGAAAGUCAGAGCCAACAGCGCGACUCCGACUUGGAGCAACCGAGCGAUGCCUGUCCGGACCAAAACAACGACACUGGUACUCAACUCCAGGUCCUGGUGUCCAGACAAGGAUCUGAUAGCACAGCAAACUGGCUUCUUGACCUAAUCUUCUCGCCCUAUGUCCAGGCGCGCAUGGACUCUAGCGUCCAAAGCUCGACUAACUCAGGCGCUGACUCUGUAGCGUCUGAUGCUGACAAUGACACCCCAGAACAACCUCUUGAGAACCACAAAGGCAGUUCAAGUCAUAGCAUAGUAUCUGGCCCAUUAGAAACUGGAAUGGCUAUAUACGAACCCGGCGCUGCCGCUUCGGUCGUCAAGGAGCUUCUUGCAGACUGGACGGUGUUGACAGAGAAGGAAAUCGAGAGCACCACGGGCGAUGAACAGCGUCCAGAGCAGAAAGAAGCCGACACUUCUGAAGGAUCGCAAUACAAGGAUGCAUUCAUCUUUUUCAAAGACGUCUUGGGGCGGAAAUUCAAGCUACCGUUUUACCAAGUCGAGAAUUCUGAGGUAAGUGUUUCGGAAUGUGUUUUGGACAAGAUGGACAAGAGGCUAACCGGUCACUAUAGGGCAUGA